AUGCGAUGGGCGCCCUUCAACUUCUUCGCCAGACUGGUUUUCUUGCCAAUCUCAGACUGGAGGAUGUUCUCGUUGAUGCUCUCGAUCGGCGGCAAGUUGAGCCCGUACUUGCUGCUGUACUUGGUGAGCGCAUCGUCGUCCAAGGCCACAAAAUCCAACGGAUCCACCUUGGGCUUGUCGUUGGGCCCGUUCGAGUGGAUAUGUUUGGAAAGAAGUUCGAGCUGGGCGGCCUGCGCCACAGCGUUCCGGGCCUUGUUGGCCGCGCGAGACGUUGUUCCUGUUUUGGCUUCGGACUCGGACGCCGAUUCUCGGUGGUGGGCACGGGGCGGCAUAGUGUGGAUUUUUAUUUGUUUCGGGUGGAACAAAGGUGUAGCACGGGAGGUCCGGGUGUUUUUGGGCCCCGUCGGGCCUGGUGUGGCGUUCAGAAUUCUAGACAAGGCAGAUUCGCCGGACUUGUGUCUAUGUCAGCGCAGACCCAAACUUCCGUGGCUGACAUCUUCUCGGCCAAACGUGGCCAAAAUUCCGCCUGGCUGUUGUCGCAUGCAUUGUCAGGCAGACGCACAUAAUACAUCGAUUCGGCGCUUUGUCAUUCUCCCGUGCCGGCAUAAUUAG